GAUUUCGAUACGAAAGUAGUAACUAUCUAUUAGAAUGAAUGAAAAGUCAUAGUUAAUUUCCACAUGACGUAAAGUUUACUUGUAAACGAAAUAAAUGGAAGGGGAUAGAAAAUAGGAGAAUAGUCCAGUCACUCUUAUACUUACUAUAAGAAUAAAGACAACGUGUUCCUCUCUGCAGUCGUUAUUCACAUCACGUAGAAUAUUGUUCUAAUAUCAAACGUUGAGAUCGUUUAAUGGAACGGUAGUAUAGUAUAAAAAAUUUAUCAUUGGUAAAAAGUAUAUAAUCAUGGUCGCCGAUAAAUCAAUAACCAAUGCUUCCAAUUUCAUUAUAAAGGAUAAUAUAUUGAAAGGCAAAGAUGAACCUUUAUCCACGGAAUAUACGAACGUCGGAAAAUUACUCUUGGAUAAAAUGAAGGCUAGACCCGACUUUGUUGGUCAAUUGGACAUUAUCACCGAAAAGACGUAUACCUUUGCGGAAAUGUUUGAUCGAACUGUAAAAUGUGCGCUUUGGUUGCGUCAGCAAAGAAUCAAAGCUAAUGACGUGAUCGCCGUAUGCGCUCCCAAUAUUAUGGACAGUUUUGCACCAUUCUUCGCUACCUUCUGCGUGGGAGCAAUCUUUACUCCCUGGAACCCCGCAAUGGAUAUACGUGAGGCACGUUACUUUAUAAAAUUGUCCGGUGCAAAAAUUGUUUUCGCGGACGAAAAUUCGGUAAGGACGAUAUUAGAAGCGGCAAAACUCGAUAAUAACAAUAUCAAGGUCGUCGUCUUUGGUAAAGCCUCGAAUGUCUUGUCUUUCUCGAAAGUACUCGAAGAACAUACCAAGUCCGAAGUGGAGAAUUUUGAAUGUGCACAAAUCGAUAAUAUUCACGAUACAGCGGCACUUCUUUAUUCAUCCGGCACAACUGGUCUUCCUAAAGGAGUUACAAUCUCGCAUUUCGCUCUUUUGUGUAAUUUAAUCAUGAGUAAUAAUUUCGGUACAGAUGGAAUUCCAUUUUGGGUAUCGUCAUACUUUUGGAUCAGUGGAGUUUUAUUAACCAUGAGUUGUAUAGUUAAUUAUUGUCAGAGAUUACUUUAUUCUAAAUUCGAAGAGGAAAUGACGUGUAAAAUUAUAGAAAAAUAUAAGGUUACAUGGCUGUUUUUGUCACCUAGCAUGAUAAAUAGAUUAUUGAAAACGGAAUAUUUUAAAAAGUACGAUGUGUCCAGUAUUAGAAAAGUAUGCGUUGGUGGAGCUAUAUUUACCGCAGAAAGUCAAAUUAAGCUCCAGGAAUGCUUGUCAAAUGGCGAUGUCAUACAAAUGUAUGGAAUGACCGAACUUUGUGGCAUUGUAACGAGUCAAAGGCCGAAUCACAAAGCAGGUAGCAUUGGAAUGGUAACAGAUAACGCACAAAUCAAGAUUAUCGACAUAGCGACAGGAAAUGCAUUAGGACCAAACAAGACGGGUGAACUUUUGACAAAAUCAAUAAAGAUGACGAAGGGUUAUUACAAUAAUCCACAGGCAACCAAGGAUACGAUCGAUGCUGAUGGAUGGUUGCAUACCGGUGAUCUCGCGUAUUACGACGAGAACGGCGAACUUUUCAUUAUCGACAGACUGAAGGAGACAAUGAAGUACAGAGGUUUUCAAAUCUCACCAUCCGAAAUUGAGAAUCUUUUGCAAUCUCAUCCCGAUGUUGUUGAGGUUGCUGUUGUUGGUGUUCCUCAUCUUCAGGACGAUGAGCAUCCCGUCGCUUUUAUUGCCAAAGUUCCUGGUUCGAAGGUAUCCGAACAAGAGUUUCAAAAAUUUGUGGCAAAUAAUAUGACGGAAUCCUAUCAUUUACGAGGAGGUGUGAAAUUUUUAGAAAAAAUGCCGCACACACCUUCUGGAAAAAUAGCCAGGAAAGAUCUUAAAGUAAUGGCUAAAAGUUACCAGACCAGGGUAAAGGUAUAUCCGAUGGAAAGUCUACAAUCGAUAAUCAUGACGGUCGAUGAAUUGAUAAACAACGAUUCCGAUUUCAUUAUGGAAGAUAACAUAUUGAAAGGCAAAGAAGAAUCUUUAUCUACGGAAUAUACAAAUAUCGGAAAAUUACUGUUAGACAGAAUGGAGGCAAAAGCCGAUUUUGUUGGUCAGAGUGACACCGAUUUCAUUAAGGAAAGUAAAGUAUUGAAAGGCAAAGAAGAACCUUUAUCUACGGAAUACACUAACAUCGGAAAGUUACUUUUGGACCGAAUGAAAGCUAAACCCGACUUUGUUGGUCAAAUAGACGUUAUCACCGAGGAGACAUAUACUUUUGCCGAAAUGUUUGAUCGAACUGUAAAAUGUGCACUAUGGUUGCGUCAACAAGGAAUCAAAGCUAACGAUGUGGUCGCCGUAUGCGCUCCCAAUAUUAUGGACAGUUUUGCACCAUUCUUCGCUACCUUUUGCGUGGGAGCAAUCUUUACUGCAUGGAACGUCGCAAUGGAUAUACGAGAGGCAAGAUAUCUUAUGAAAUUAUCAGGUGCAAAAAUUGUUUUUGCGGACGAAAGUGCGGUAGACAUAAUGCUGGAAGCGGCGAAACUGGAGAAUUACGAUAUCAAGGUCGUCGUCUUUGGUAAGGCUUCCAAUGCUUUGCCCUUCUCGAAAGUACUUGAAGGUCAUAGCAAGUCCGACUUGGAGAAUUUUGAAUGUACGAGCAUCGAUAACGUUCAGAAUACUGCGGGACUUCUCUAUUCUUCUGGUACAACCGGUCUACCCAAAGGAGUUGAAAUUUCACAUUUUGCUCUUUUAAGUAAUGUACUCUUACCGGGCGAUUUCAAUACGGAAGGAAUUCCACUCUGGCUGUCACCAUACUUUUGGAUGACCGGAGUAUUGUUAACGUUGAGUUCUGUGGUUAAUUAUUGCAGAAGACUCCUUUAUCCUACAUUCGAAGAGGAGAUGACGUGUAAAAUCAUAGAAAAGUAUAAGGUAACAUGGAUGUUCUUGUCACCUAGCAUGGCGAACAGAAUAAUAAAAUCAGGGUUUUUUGAGAAGUACAACGUGUCUAGUAUUUCCAAAUUGAAUCUUAGUGGUGCUGUAUUUACAGCAAAAAGUCAAAUUAAACUUAAAGAAUGCUUUCCAAGUGCCGACGUCAUACAAAUUUUUGGAAUGACCGAAUUUUGUGGCAUUAUAACGACUCAAGAGCCACAUCACAAAGCAGGUAGCAUUGGAACGGUACGAAGGAAUGCUCAAAUCAAAAUCAUCGAUUUAAAAAGUAAAUGCGCAUUGGGCCCAAACCAGACAGGUGAACUUUUGGGAAAAUCGUUAACUAUGAUGAAGGGUUAUUACAACAAUCCUCAGGCAACGAAAGAUGCGAUCGAUGACGACGGAUGGUUGCAUACCGGUGAUCUUGCGUAUUACGAGGAGAACGGUGAAGUAUUCAUCGUCGAUAGACUGAAGGAGACAAUGAAGUACAGAGGAAUUCAAAUCUCUCCAACCGAAAUUGAGAAUCUUUUGCAAACUCAUCCCGAUGUAAUCGAAGUUGCGGUCGUGGCCAUUCCCCAUAUUCUAGAUGAUGAGCAUCCUAUCGCUUUUGUUACCAAAGUUCCCGGUUCGAAGGUGUCUGAACGUGACCUUGAAGGAUUGGUAGCGAAAAAUAUGACAGAUCCCUAUCAUUUACGAGGUGGUGUGAAAUUUUUAGAAAAAAUGCCUUAUACGGGCUCUAGGAAAAUAUCCAGGAAAAAUCUUAAAGCAAUGGCUAAAAGCUAUCAGUCCUAAUGAUCAUUUUCGGGAAAUGUUCUAAUGGAUAAUUUAGAAUUUCUAAUAAAUAGAGUCUUAUAAAAUAUAAUAUUGUUAUACGAAAUGUAAUAUAAUAUCUAUGGAAAUUA